GGAAAAGCAGCGCUCUAGCCUGGGGCUCCUCUUUACAAACUUUUCCUUAAGGUCCUAGUGGAUUUUCUAGUUCACACAGAGAAAGUGUCCGCCGCAGAACUGCACUUUCAAGCGAUUUUGUGUCCUUCUAAAGAGAAAAAAAGCUCUGAGCUAAGAGCCAAGUUCGCUCUCAUGCCCGUUAAAACUGAAACCCUGGCAUAGUCCCGGAGUCGGCGAGGCAUGCCGCCACAGCUACAAGGUCUGUGGUGUUGAGUGACGGGCCGUGUAGAAGAGGACUGUAAGGAGGAACAACCCGUUGUGGUGCGCGUGUAUGUGUGUGUAAGGCGAGAGCUUGUCCGUCAUGGGUUUGUUGGCCUGGCUGAAGAGCCAGUUCAUCCUGCAGCUCUUCAUCGGCUUCGUAUUCGUGGUCAGCGGCCUCAUCAUCAACUUCAUUCAGCUGUGCACCUGCGUGCUUUGGCCAUUCAACAAGCAGCUCUACCGCAAGAUCAACACUCGCUUGUCCUAUUCACUAUGGAGCCAGUUGGUGAUGCUUCUAGAGUGGUGGUCAGGGACAGAAUGCACACUCUAUUCUGACCAGGCCACAAUAGACCAGUUCGGAAAAGAGCACGUCAUCAUCAUCCUCAACCACAACUACGAAAUUGAUUUCCUAUGCGGCUGGACCAUGUGUGAGCGAUACGGCGUGCUGGGGAGUUCUAAGGUGCUGGCGAAGCGCGAACUUCUGAAGGUUCCUCUAAUCGGCUGGACCUGGUACUUCCUGGAGAUCGUGUUUUGCAAGAGAAAUUGGGAGGAGGACAGGGAGACGGUGUUUAAUGGGCUCAAACAACUUAGGGAUUAUCCUGAGUACAUGUGGUUCCUGCUGUAUUGUGAGGGAACACGGUUUACAGAGAAAAAGCACCAGAUCAGCAUGCAGGUGGCCGAAAGUAAAGGUCUCCCCAAGCUCAAAUACCACCUACUGCCACGCACCAAGGGCUUUACCACCGCACUGCAAUGCCUGAAGGGAACAGUCCAAGCGGUGUAUGACGUCACGCUGAACUUUAAAGAUAAGGAGACCCCUACACUUCUAGGAAUCAUCAAUGGGAAGAAAUACAAAGCUGACAUGAGAGUUCGGCGUUUUCCAGUCGAGGAGAUCCCUGAGGAUGAGAAGGAGUGUGCCGACUGGCUUCACAAGCUCUAUCAGGAGAAGGAUCAAUUGCAAGAGCACUAUUUUAAAGAAGGAUGUUUCCCGGGAUCUGUUAUCAAGCCCAAACGCCGACUAUGGACCUUGCUCAACUUCCUGUUCUGGGCGACUCUGCUGCUCUCGCCACUCAUCAACUUCGCCUGGGACAUCUUCGUCAGCGGCUCUCCACUCCUCAUCAUCAGCUUCAUGAUCUUCCUCGUUAUUGCUUCUGUAGCUGUGUGCCGUCUCAUCGGCGUGACGGAGGUGAAGAAAACCGGCUCCAGUUAUGGAAAUGCGGAAUCCAAGAAAGAAAACUAGAACUUUCAGCUGGUCUGACUGCCCGUGUCCGCUGUAUCGCUCACUUUCACUGCUAGGGCAUGGAAUCGCCCGCCUGUGCAGUCGUCCUUCUUUUUAACAAAGAACAAAAAAAACAAGAACCAAGCAGGGGGAAAAGAAAAAUAAUAAUAAAAAUGUCAUCAUGACAUUAAAGCAUGUGGGGGUGGGUUGGGGAAUGUAGAUAAUUAGAAGUUUAUAAACAAGAUUACUACUUAUUAAUUAUGAUGAUUAUUAAAACGAACAAAGUAUGAAAGCAUUUGAGAUUAUCGUUUCCCUUUGGCAACCUGCCGGUUGUCCGGGAGGUGGCGUGGCAGCUCCGUCCUCUCCUGCUUAGCUUAGUCUCUCACUAGUUCAGGACCAAUCUCUUUAAAGGUUUCUACAGAGCCAUGUAAUGUCCACUUCCUGUCUGUAACCGUUAUUUUACUCCUGUGCACGGCUCUGCGACUCUCCCACGUCCGGCUGUUUUAACUUGAGAUGUGAAAUGAUGCGACACGAUCAUAUCCAAACUUUACCUAUCAAAACCCAGUUUAAAUACAAAAUAAUACAUACUGAGUACAAAGCAUAGGUGAGAACCAAGCCCCACUGCAUCGUAGUCAGAGCACCUGGGAUGAGUCCUCGAUUGUGGUUAAAAUAACCGCAGGUUUCAAAUUUAAAACACAGGGUCAUGAAGAGAGCUAUAAAUGAAAAGCCAUUCAGUUUGGUUCCUUUGAAUCAUUAUAUUGUGGGUAACUGAGGAGUCAGUUUUCAUUUCAUAUUAAAUCCAUUUCUGUUUAAGAUGUCAAGGACUGCUUGAAAAAAAAAAGUGACAGAAUAACAUAUUUAGUUGGUGCAUGAUGAUAAAAUGUUAAAAAUGGUCUACAUAAUUAAAUCACGUGGAUAGUUUUUAACAUUUAUACAUUUAGUUUUAAGCUGAACUUAACAAAAGUGUGUCGUUGGAUGGGGGACAAAUCGACCAAGGUGAUCAGUUUGUGUAGUUUACUCACUGUGACGAAUGGCUCUGUAACACAUGAGAUUGGACUUAAAAAUGAGUUUUCCCCCCUUCUCCUGUGUUGAGUUGUAAAUAAACAUUUGGACGUCCUCUUUAGCAUUCUUCAAUACAUUUCCUAUUGGAAUUUAGCAAUAGUGAUAAACCAUUUAACUCAUGCGUGGUGGUUUGGUAGAGGUAAAAGAAAAAUCCUAAAUGACCUUCCUUUUUCAAACUAUGUCAAAAGUUCCUAUAAUUGUGUAAAGGUUUUCUUUAUUUGUUUUGUAUUAAAUCUUCAUUGGCAGUUAGUUAGGUUUUUUUAAAAUAAAUACUUGACACAGGGCUGAACUAUAGGAUACGUGGUGAGUUUAACAUUUGCGUUCGGUUUUUCUUAAUGAGAUGAACAGACUUGCACUGGAUUUGCUUUUAUUUAACCAGUUAUCUCAUUUGCUCAUGAAGAUCAACUUUUAUACCACCAAGGUCCACCUGGGCCUUGAUAAUAGUGCAGCUUUUUUUUUCUCAUGCAGAAAACCAUUUGCUACUAAUCUAUGUGGAUUUUGUCAUGCGGGGUUUCAUGUACAUGUUUAUAUGUGUUAAUUUUAUGAUUUUGGGGAAUAGAUUUUGUUCUAUUUUGUGUGCAUUACAUCUGAUCAUUUGCACACAGUUUGUUGGAUCAGCUUUCAUUGUACAAAUCCUGCAUGACGUUAAUGUUUACGAGAGAUACGGUUGACCACUGAAAAAUUAAGUUUGUCUUUUUUUUUUAAUCAAUACCACAAUUUUAAUACUUUCUCUUGUGUAUUCAAAGAUAUCCAGCCCAAUUCAGAGACCACACCUUGGUUGCUUUAUUCAUGUUUAUCACUUUACACUUUUAGCCAGUGUACAGUGUGACGGUUAUUUAUCUUCUAAAGUUUCUUUUUGAAGCACUGAUCUUUUAUUCAAUCACUUCACAUCAUGGACAUUUACUCACAAUGACUGAUUAAAGUCUGCUGUUUUACCAAAAUGUGCUCUGUGAAAGACGACCUCAGUGUGUGAGGCUUGUGUGGAGGAGUGAGAUCGCAAGGAGUGUUUCUCACACAGGGAUUUCAAAUAUGUGAGAUAAAAUCCUCUUUGAAAAGAUUUGAGGUUUGCUAUGUGGAUGAAGAUUGUGUAGAAAUAAUAAAUUAAUAUCGUAAUUCAAAACGCAGCAUUUCCCCACUUUUUUGUGUUAUGUACCAAACCAAUUAAAGAAUUCAGUAAGUGAUAGAAACUGGUGUGAUUUCAUCUUAUUUAUUUCAAAUCCAAAUGUUACUUACAUUUGUUCUUUAACUAUGUUUACCCUACUGGGUUUGAUCAGUCAGAAAAAGCCUGAGCUUAAAACAUGAAGCCCAUCUAACUUUAAAGGGGCAUGUGACGUUGAUCAGAAUUAACUCAUCGCAUUCAAAUUUGUUCAAAAAUGUGUAAAAAGAUCUGACGUGACUUACUUUUUUUGCAUCACAAAAACCCUGCAAUUUUUACAAUGUGUGUACACUGUUUUUAUAUAUAUAUCCACUGUACAUGUUAAUUUGCUUUCGUAGGUGUUAAAUUACCUCCGGUAGGCUACCAUAGCGCAGACAUCUACAUUUGCCCCUAACAUUCUCAAGCCAUUGUUGAUAAUAUGAGUGGCCUGAAAGUCUGGA